UAGAAAAUGAAGGGGCGACACGGCGGCGUGGCGUGAAGCGAUUUCAUUCAAUUUUUCCUUUUGCCACAGUGUACAGAGGUCGGGUCUGAUAAAUAAAAUAGUUUUCGCCGACGCCUCAUAACUGUGAAUAAAUAGUCAACGUGAUCAUUUUCCGCGGUCAUAACAUAAAUUUGUGUCUUAGAGUCGGUACGCCUCCCAUUGAGAUAUUGACAUUUUGUCAACUGUGAUAUAACGAUACUCUCGUAUCUUGUUAGUAAUUUUUAGGUUAAAUCCUUUACCUGUGAUGAUCAGUGCUACAUUGUAGUCUAUCGAACUGUGUCGGCUGUUUCAGUGAUAACAGGACUAUAGUUGUAUGGAGGUAGCUAACAUGGCUUACAAUUUGGACAUUACCCCGAAUUAUUCAUACGUAUUCGAGUUCGAAAAUGAAUUCAUUCAUCAGAACUAUCGGAAAUGGAUGACAGAGAAUUGGACUGUCGCCUUUUACUAUGUUGGGGUCUAUAUGGCCUUCAUUUUUGGCGGGCAGUACUACAUGCAGAAUAGACCUAGAUUCGAGCUCCGGCGCACUCUGAUUGUGUGGAACUGCAUGCUGGCCGCGUUCAGCAUCAUGGGCGCCUGCCGGACGCUGCCCGAGUUUAUCCACGUGCUGCGGAACCACGGCAUCUACCAUUCCAUUUGUGUGCCAAGCUUCAUCGAGCAAGACAAAGUGUCCGGUUUCUGGACGUGCAUGUUCGUGCUGUCGAAGCUGCCCGAGCUCGGGGACACGGUGUUCAUUGUGCUCCGCAAGAAGCCGCUGAUCUUCCUCCACUGGUACCACCACAUCACCGUGCUGCUGUACACGUGGUACUCGUUCACUGAGUACACGUCGUCGGCGCGUUGGUUCGUCGUUAUGAACUACUGCGUUCAUAGCGUGAUGUACUCGUACUAUGCGCUCAUCAGCAUGGGCAAGCGCCCCCCUCGCUUCCUCGCGAUGACGAUCACCUUCCUGCAGCUCACCCAGAUGAUCGUCGGCUGCGCCAUCAACAUCUGGGCGCACAACUACAUGGCCACCGCCCCGCCCCACUCCUGCCACAUCAGCAACAUCAACAUCAAACUCUCCAUGACUAUGUACUUCUCCUACUUCGUCCUUUUCGCCCAAUUCUUCUACAAGUCCUACCUCGCCCCCAAAGGCAAGAAGGUCAAAGAAGAUCCCAUGCCAGAAAUCCCCCGCGCCAAGAAGAUUGAGGUUAACGGAUAUCCCAGACAGAGGAAUGGCGUCGUCGCUGCGCACUAGUCGAUUCAGCUUGUGAUAUGUGUUAGUUUUAAUGUACAGGUAAUGGUUAUCGGCCGAUUGGUCGGCUUGUCGUCUCGGCUAAAUACAUGUUUACAUGAACUUAGUUGCUGUAAGCUUAGUAGGCGCGAUGCGCAUGUGUGAAGUUGUGAUUUCUUCGCGCCAUGAUUUCUGACAGCAUUAUUUGAUCAAGUCUUUAUUUAUUCGUGACAGUUAUAAGUAAGAUGAACAUUUGGGGUGAAUUGUCAAGUUGUAUGAAAACUAGAGUAUCUGGCGCGUUAUAUUUAUAAUGUUAAUAAAUUAGUACAAUCAAUCAAUACAAAUAAUUUAAUGGGUGAAUCAACCAAUGGCCUGCGAUAGUACUAGAAAUAAUAUCUUGUAACAUUAAGAUUAUCAGUCUUUUACCCAGAUACAAAAAUCUAGGUUUAUAAUUCUUCUAUUCUAAAGACAGUUUGUUAGGUACUAAUAGACAAUCCUAGACGUCAAGUUCCAUUAGCGCACUCUAGCUAGAUUGAACAAUAGACAUCAAAUUCCUCAUUGACCUUAUGCUCCAUCAUAGUAACAUUGACCUUCAAGCAUGCUGUUUUCUGUUAUCGUUUUCCUCUAUACUUUGAAGCCCUUUAAAAUUAUCUUAGAAAUCUUUUAUUGUAUAUACUUUUCAUUGUUUCUAACCUUUAACCUUGUAAACAUGUUUUUAACCUUUAUUCUUACAAUCUGUUGCGUUUUUUUUUGUAUGUUUAUUUUUAUUAAUCAAAGUACUCAAAUGAAAAAGACGAGACGCGAGCCCACGUUGGGCAAACUUUUGACCAAUGUGAUCUGGUAUAUUGGCCACAUUUGAACAAUUUAAUUAAAUAUUGGACACAUUUGGCCAAUUUAAUUAAAUAUUGGGACACAUUUGGCCAAUAUGACCACUCGGUGUGCCCAGUCGGGCGUCGACCGUGGGACAUUCCAUAUUUGUUUGCGAAUUUGCGCUAACGCUUCCUAUGGAAUGGAAUACAGUGAUCCUUUGAAAUAUAUCACUUAAUUUACUUUUUUACCGGAUUGUUUUGGUCAUUUAUCAGAAACAAAUUAUAUUGCAUUUAAAUCAUCCUUUAAAAAAACAGCGUAAAAUAAAUCUAAGCAAACAACGCUCACUAAAUUUGAAUAUUUUCAAUGAUAAAGUUUAUUUAGUGAUAUAUUCUGCAAAGGAUAUUUCAGCGAGUUGGAUGAAAAUGUUUUAAAUGUAACUACCCGUUCAAUGUUAUUUGUGUGGUAGUUACAAAGAAACAGUCCUUACUUUUAGUUUUAAAACGUUUUUAUCCAACUGGGCGUUACUAUUAACUUGGCUUUUAUAUGGGUUCAACAAGAGACGUUGAUAGGAGAAUAAUGUCAUAUGCCUUCCUUUUUGCGCUGUCGUGUGCUUUAAUACAUCUUCAUUUUGUUAGCGGCUUAACCUAAUGGGUUAGCAAAAGCGAGCAUUCCUCGAAAUAAUCAAAAUAUCGCAACCAAGCAAUGAGUGCAACUGGCGACAUCUUGCGCCUAAUAAAACUAAAUAAGAAGUUACAUAUCUAAACCAACUGUAAUUCGUAACUAUAGAUGGUGUUUAAUAAGGAAAUAUACGAACUAUGUCACAAGAGAAACUAUAAUUCGCAUUUGCUAACCUCUUAUUGGUAUAACCUCUGUCGUAAUACGAAUAUUUAUAACUUAAAUUUGAAAUCUGUCAGUACGUACAAAAUUACGUAUUCAAACCUAAAGCUUAAAGUUUCAUCCCGACCUGUAUAAAAGCAUCUAAGUUGUUGUUGUUUAACAUAUUUAUUACAAAAAGUGAUUUUUUUUAAAUAAUUUAUUUCUAAAUGGAUAGUUUUAACAACCUGUACAGUUAAAAGUUAUGGGAUUUUUUGCUUAAGAUCACGAGUGUGGUCAUAGGAAUAGUUUUAAUACUUUGAAACGCUUGUAAAACAAGUGCACAAAGUGUAAGAAAUGUAAUCCUGAUAGUGGAAUAAGCAAUAUUAAUGCUUCAGAAAUUGACAGUUGAGGUUCAGUGUCCCGACAUAAGACAAGAUGUUGUUAUGUGCUUUCAACUUAUGCCCAAGUGCUAAGGUAUGCCGUUUUGCAAAAGCAUAAGGAUCAAAUUCGAUUGUAUCUUCCACCAUCUCAUUAUCAAAUGCCUUUGUUGUUCCAACAUACAAGUCUCUCUGUAUCAAUACGAUUAUUUUCUCCAGAUAAAAAAAAAUGACUACUAAUUGGAAUGUAUUUCUUCCAAAACUAAAAAAAGCCGCCUUUUUAUAUGUUUUUUUUUUACAAUUUUGUAAACAUUUUUAUUCAUGUUCCAUUUGAUUCUGAAUCAAUUUUGAAGGAUUUAAAGGGAUGCGCGUUAUCUCUAGAUUCAAAUGAUUAUAAUAAAUGGUCACCUAACCAGUCAUAAAAGUUUGACUGUAAGUUGGUAGGUCUCGCCCGAUUUUUAUCGUGUGCAAUUUAGACUUAACUAGUAUAGUGACGCUAAUGACGACAACAAAAUGUUUUAGGGCGUCCCAAGAGUGUGCUUCCGCAAGAAGUGACAGGUUGGCAGCCCCAGCUUGUACAAUAAGGCUACAUUGAAUUUUGUACGGUAGUUAGCGAAAUCAUAAGUGCUCUAACAAUCGGCCAGGCACUUUGUACAAUCCCGUACCAAUAAUUUUCUAAAAUCUCUAACUACCAAGCAAAAUUAUGAAACCAGGACACAUUGUAAAUACUUACAUAAGAUUAUACAAGCCGCUUAUUAUUUUUUAAAUAUUGGCAAAGAAAAUGUGUCAAAAUUUCUACUUAAAAAAUUGUGAUUUAAACGUAGUAUUCAGCUAAAUAAUCUAAUUACACCAUUUUUUUUUUAACGUAAAUGAUAAACAUACCAUUUUGGUAAUAUUAUACAAGUUAGAUUAGUUUUAGUCCAGGUCAAUUUCUUAUAGUACCGCAUAGGAGUCACAAUUUUAGGUAAUGUUAUGAAUAUAGGCUGUUAAUUUAUUGAAUCCAUUGCUUCGUUAUAAAUUAUGUUAAAAUGGGACAACUAACAGGUAUGUAACAUAAAUAUUUAAAUUUGUCAUACAAAUUAAGUGUAAAUUAAGGUUGGGUACCUAUUUAUAAAAAUUCAGGUUUGGAGUGCAAAAAUACUGGCAUACUUGAUAAUACUUUGAUAACACUGCCAAAUUAAGGCUAGUGUCCUACUUGCUACUUAUUUCGAAUAAAAUUGCUACUGAUUUUGAUUAUUUAUUUAUUACUAGCUACUUAAAAAGUGUUUACCACUUUCAGAUAUUACUGUACGAUUUUUUUUCCUAAAAUACUACUAUAGAUUUCACAAAGAACAAUAUUGUUGUUUGUUCAGUAAAUAAUAUAUUUUAUUUAUUGAACUAUCUUAUAUUCCGAGAUUCGAUCAAAGAGGUUUAUAUAAUUAAUAUGUAUAAAUUGCAUUGCUUACUUAUACACUUGUUUGUAUCUUGUAACUAGAUCCUCCUAAAAGUAGAUGGAAGAUCUAAGAAAACAUACAUUUUCAUAAACCGUUUGAAGCAUUUAGAUAUUUUUUAUAUAAUUUUCUUCUGCAUUUAAGAAUCAUAUAAAUCUUGUUCAGCCUAGGACGAAUUAGCGGUUACAGUUCCAUAUUCGAAAUGUAAAAUAAUUAAAAAUAUAUUUUUGUGAAGAAUGUUUUGUGGUUACAAUAAAUUCAGGACAAAGAUAAUUUGUAUCGUCAGAUAUUCAUACGAAACGAAAGUGGAAUUAUUCUUGCAAUCAUUAAUUUGUAUUUUCUGGGCAAAUAAAGCGUUAAUGCGUAUACCA